CUUUUAUACCCCUCAAAGGCUUUCUGGGGGCCCACUAGCUACAUCGUACAUGUCCCCAGUCACGUCUUUGACCCAUGAUUCUACUCUUUGAACACCUCACCUUCAAUUGCCCCCCAAAGACCUAUCAUUACCCCUUCACACCCCUCCUAGCCCUCAAAACACCCAUCACACCACCAAUGGACGCCUGGACAAAAUCUCUGGACGCCUUGGAUUAUUUUCCAGUCGCCUCAAGUUGUCUUUUUGACGCCUCGAAUUAUAUGUAUCAUGCCUAUCAUUAGAUUUCGGACGCCUAUAACAACAUCAAAAAAGCCUAUAACACCCAUUAAAAUGCCUAUUCACCACGGUUCAAAGCGUCCACAUUUCGAAACAACACCCUUCCACACUCUUCACAUGCCUCUUCACCCCCAUCUUACACCUCAAGUAUGCAUACAACUAACAUCCCCACAGAUCACAUCACCAUGCCCCUACCCAGCACCGUAGGCAAAGGCGGCAAAGCCUGGAUCCGAGAAGAGGAGUUCCUCUUCUGGAAGAAACUCGUCCCGUUCACCAAGAAGCGCUGUGGUGAUGAUAUCGAGAAUAACGAGGAGCAUGAGUGGAAUUGGGUUGCUUCCGAGAUGAGGAAGAGGAUGAGGGAGAAGUACCUGAAGGAAGGGGAGCCUGACCGUAGGAAUUACACAGGACUCGCAAUGUUCGAGCAUUACUGGCAGAGUGCCCGUCAUAGACGCCCGACUGUUGCUGCUGGCCGGUUUCCCAACCGGUAUUGCAAUUUGGAAGCCAACGAAGAGCAAGUCCGGGAGCGCGACGAACGCCUCGUCGCCAUCCGCAAGAAGCGCCGUGAUGCCCGCAAGGCAGCGCGCAAGGCAGCCCGUGAAGCUCGCGAAGCCCGCGAGGCUGAAGAAGCCGCCGACGGCAGUCCCAUCAGGGAGAGCACCGGGUCGGACAACAACGACGCUGACAUGAGCGAUGACACCGAUGAAACCUCCGACAAUGACGAGGAAGAAACCCCCGAGUUUGACGAAGCAGAAGCCAUCCGUAAGAUGGAGGAGUCCACCAAGAUCAAGCAAGAGAGCGGCUCCGAGUACGAGUCUGACGAGGAGGACACCGGGUCUGAGCCCGACGCCAAACCCCGUCGUCGCAAGGGGGGUAAGAACAACAGGCGCGCUAGUAUCAAGAAGGAAAACCGGCGUUCAAGGUCGCCGGAGAUGACGGCUUUUGCAAAUAAUGGGACUAUGGCUGCUAAGAGGAGGGAGAGGUUGCGUGCUGGGGAGGAGAUGAGGAGGAGGAAUAGGGAGUUGUAUGAGAUGUUGGGGAGGGGGGAGGGGAAUGGGGGGUGUUAUGGGGGACAGGGGGAGGGGAAUGGGGGGUGUUAUGGGGGACAGGGGCAGGGGCAGGGGCAGAUGAGAGGGGUGAUUCAGGGGUGA